UAAUUAAUGUGGGUGGGCCGAGGGCGCACAAACGGCUGUUUAUCGGAGACAAUUUAUUUUCCAGCGCUAAGUCAACAUAUAAUCGCAAACUUACAACAAUUAUUUCACAUUUCCUCCCGCCCCCCCUUCUUCUUCUCCUUUCUCUCUCUCCCCUAUCCACCCCCCUUGGGGGGAAAAAGCGCUAUGAAGCAGCGACAGGAGGGGAAGAGCCCAAAGCGAGGCGAGCAGGGACGGGCGCCACCACGAUCCUCGCAGCGCAGGCAGAUCUGGGGGAGUCCUAGAGGGAGCCCCACUUUCCCUUAGCCCUGGCAAGCCCGAGUCACUUCGGAUCUGCCAUGAGCCAGCUGUACAGAGGCUCCCUCCCCGCUGCCCUGGGCAGCUCCCCCAUGGUAUACCUGUACGGGACAGAGCGGGGAGGGCUCCCCGGGGCUCUGGGCUUCGCCUCGGCGGGGGUGCUGUCGCGGCAGGAGCCUCCGCAGAAGCCUCCAUACAGCUACAUCGCGCUGAUCGCCAUGGCGAUCAAGGAAGCGCCGGAGCAGAAGGUGACGCUCAACGGGAUCUACCAGUUCAUCAUGGAGAGAUUCCCGUUCUACCACGACAACAAGCAGGGCUGGCAGAACUCCAUCCGGCACAACCUCUCGCUCAACGACUGCUUCGUCAAGGUCCCCCGGGAGAAGGGGCGGCCGGGCAAAGGGAGCUACUGGACGCUGGACCCCCGGUGCCUCGACAUGUUCGAGCACGGGAACUACCGGCGGAGGAAGAGGAAGCCCAAAGCAGCGGGGAGCGCCGUCGGUGGAGAGGAUGCCGAGGGGAUGGAGAGGGACGGAGAAGCCUCUUCUGGUGGUGGUGCAGAGGCGCCUGAGGAGCAAGGCAAGAGGCCUCGGGAGAGCCACCGCCAUUACCAUCAUCACCACCACCAUCUCCUCACCACUAGCUCCGCCGUCGAGGAAGACCUGGCGCCAACUUUGGGCAAGGAUGAAGACUCCAGGGUCAGGCUGGACCUCGCGAAGGGAGGAGAGAAAGGAGGAGGGAACGGCCCUGGAUCAGGCCCAAGCGGACUCCGCCAUCACCUCCAGGUGACCCCGUCCGGAUGCGCGACUAUUAGAAGCCACUCGGCGCGCCCCGAGUCUUCCCUGAAGGAUCACGCGCUGGUCGAGGGAGAGGGCGCCUUGGGGCAUGCUGGGGCGAGGCUCCCCCAGGAAUCGGCACCUUCAGGGGCACCCGCAGCCAACCCGGCGGACCCCGACGCCCCGAGGAGUUCCGCUAAGCCUCAGAGCUUCAGCAUAGACAGCAUCCUCUCCAAGAAAGCCCUCCACAGGCCGGCCAAAGGCAUCUCCAAACUGGACGGCCUCGCCGGCGAUUGCUUCCUCGCCGGCGCCGAGACGCGCACGGCUUUCAACGCUUCGCUGGUGCUAGAUUCCCAGAUUCAAGGGAGAUUUUACCAGCUGGGAAUCCCUUUCCUGUCUUACGUGCCUCUCCGCUUCCCUGAGACGGUGUUUCACUUCCAGUAAACCCGCCCUCGACGGCCGCUCGCUUCUGAGUCGGUUCCGAAGACGCUGCGAAACCAAGGAGACGUCGGACAGGUGGGUGGCUCAGUAUGCCUGCCGAGAGAGACUGGGAUGGGAUUCUCACAUGCAGUGUCUAACCCGGGUCAGCCCUCUCAAGUCUUCCUCUCCACCCUCCAAAAAACAGCGGAAAUCGUCUGUCUUGAUCUCUGGAAUGUAAACGCCUGUUACGGUACUCCUUUACUUCGAAGUCAGCUCAGCUGAUUGCUUUCACUUCGAGUCAUUUUCACUUUCGAGCUCGAAGACGAUCUUCGGGAAGCGCCGCGGCUUGCUUAACUGCUUUGCGGAUCGCGCCUCCAAAGGGACUUGGGGAGUCCCCCACCCACCCACUUGCUUGCUUGAUAAUGUAUGAACCCUCGAGCAUCGCAAUAACUUGCUAGGUGGUACGACCCGGUGCCCACUUUCCUGGGGAAACUUUCCUUUCGAUUAAAGCGUGCCUAGGAUUGCGUUGCGAGGCUGAGACCUUAAGCAAACUGGGCUCAGCAGUCCAUCUCACGAAAACGCUGCGUGGGAUUUACUUCUGAGUAAACAGAACAUGCAAAGCACAUUCUGGGCAGCGGGAUUUCAGUUUUCUCUUCAUCUCUUUCCCUCCCCGGUUCUGUGCCUCUCUCAUUCUUUGAUUCCAGUCGUUUUUGCAUGUCUGAUUUGAUAGCCUCUGGCCUCCGAAGAAAUGGCACCUAAUCGUUUCGUUCAAAGUGACCGUCGACGUUUUCUAAAAUGGGAAAGAAAGUGCCGUAGAAUUCUGAAUGAAUACGAAUACAGCUGUUUUCUAAAUAAUAAUAAUAACAAUAAUAAUGCAUGCUGAAUUGACUUCCCCCCCUACACACACACGCACACAGGCGCGCAGCUCUAGGUGGGGGUCAUUUCAGACGGUUUGCUUUUCAAUUGCGUGUCUCUGUUUAGACAGAAAACAUCGCACAUGGUGCUUUUUGGGGGGCGGGGGGUGAGCUGUCUGCAUCUCAAACUGGACCUCGUUAGAGUCACUAACAAAACAACUGACCACUCUAAAGAACCCCCACCUGAAGCCCUGCUUAAAGGAAAGCUAGGGAAACCCUCCAGAAAUAUGAAUAAACACUUUCUCCUAGCUUUUAAUAAUAAUAAUAUUUUUUUUAAAAAAUCUGAAGUUACAUCAUAGACAAUCUUUUAUUCUUGCUAUAAAUAAACAAGGCUCUCUUUUGUAUAUUAGUCAUAAAAUAUCUUUAUGAUUUUUUUGCAUAAAAACCUAUUUUUUUGAAUUUUCAUUAUGAAACAAAAACCUAUAUUCAAUAAAAUAUUUUGUC